CAACCAUUGAUUGGCUGCUUUAUUCUCCAGGUAAAUUAUAUAAUCAUGAUCGUAAAGUUCCUCGUAUUCUUGAUUGUAUAUUCAUAGGUUUUGCAAGUCUUUCACUUCCCUUAUCAAAAUGGCUGAGGUAGAUGAAACUCUCAAGAAGAAGAGAACUUUCAGGAAGUUCACAUAUCGUGGAGUUGAUUUAGAUCAACUCCUUGAUAUGCCAAAUGAGCAAUUAAUGGAAUUGAUGAAUUCUCGAGCUCGCAGGCGUUUGUCCCGUGGUUUGAAACGUAAACCAAUGGCACUGCUCAAGAGAUUGAGAAAGGCAAAAAAGGAAGCUCCACCAAAUGAAAAGCCUGAAAUUGUUAAAACACAUUUAAGAAAUAUGCUCAUCCUUCCAGAGAUGGUUGGCUCCAUUGUUGGAGUUUAUAACGGAAAAACCUUCAAUCAGGUUGAAAUUAAGCCAGAAAUGAUUGGACACUACCUCGGCGAAUUUUCAGUGACAUACAAACCUGUUAAACACGGUAGGCCAGGUAUUGGUGCUACCCACUCUUCACGUUUUAUCCCUUUGAAAUAAUUUUUUAUUAUUAUUAUGAAUUAAUAAAAAAAGAGGGAAAAUUACAA